AUGGGUUUUGAGAUCACCAGGUUUGAAUUACUAGUGGAACCGAAACAGUAUUACAGAAACGAAUUAGUGGGACUUUUGAAAUGCAAACACAUAUUCAUUACAGCCAUCGGUGAAGUGAUCGCUAAACAAUCUCAAGAUCGGGGUACCACUCAGUUCAUGUCCAUUCCACUCAAUCUAAGAGAUUUAGUAAGAAAUGAUAUGUUGGAAACAGGUCUCUAUCGGAUUCCCUUUGACUUUUAUUUGCAAAAUUUACGUUAA